GGAGGGUUCCCCGCUCUCAGCCCUGUGACGUCAGACACGGUGGCCGCCAUUUUGAAGUGGAGAAAGUGAAGCGCGCCGUGCUGGGGAAGCCGCCGUUCUCGGUCCCUGUAGCGGCAUCAUGUCGGAAAAAUACGAAGGGGACGUGACCUUGGAAGAGAGCGGCGAAGAGAAGCAGGAUUCCCAGGAGAAGGAAGUAGUUGCACCAGAAAAAUCAGAAGAGCAAAAACUGAAGGCCAAAUAUCCCAAUCUGGGGCAGAAGCCAGGCGGAUCCGACUUCCUUAUGAAGAGGCUUCAGAAAGGGCAAAAGUACUUUGAUUCCGGAGACUACAACAUGGCAAAGGCCAAGAUAAAGAACAAGCAGCUGCCAUGCGCCGGGCCGGAUAAAAACCUAGUCACUGGCGAUCAUAUCCCAACGCCGCAGGACCUUCCGCAGAGGAAGUCUUCACUCGUUACCAGCAAGCUAGCCGGGUAGCACGCCCCUGUAGACCGGACAUGUCCGCAGUCCACUGUACCAUAGAGCUGGGAUGGCUGGACUCUCACAUUAACACAUCACCUUGUCAGUGCUGGAAGGGCCGGUGCCUCAUUGUCCUCCAAUGCUACACUGGCCGUUCCUCGCUGAGAAUAAGCUUCUGAUCGUUUUUCCAAGCAAGCCAGCAAGACCGCCGCCUGACUAGAGACUUGCAGUGGGUGAUGGACAAAGUGUGAUGAGUUCCUGGUGCAGACAUAUUGGCUAAGACAAUUACCUGACUGUUGUUAUAUAGUGUAAAAUAUAUCUAUGGGUUUUGCAUUCCUUUGUGUGUGUGACACAGGCAUGCCAGAGACUUGUCACAGUGGCGAUAUUGCCACCCUUGGAGAGCUGACCAUGUGAGUGAACGGAGUGGAAUGUCUUCUGUGGCGAGGUCCGCGGCUCCCCAACAAGGCCUCGGCUGGAUGAGAAAAAACAAACCUUUAAAAACCGUCAGACCUUUCAGUGGUGUAAGAUAAUAGAGAGCGUGAAAAUCUACUCUGUAUCUGUGAGCUACUACGGAAGCCAAGGGAUGUCAUAAAAUCCCUUACGUAGGCUUUGUCUGUCUCUUGUGCAAAUGGUACAUUGUGAUGAGCCUGUAUCUUUGCCCCCCGUUUAUAAUAAUGCCACAUGGAUCUACAAAAAGUAAAAACUGACACCCUCACAAUUUUAAAAUGUACUCUGUGUGGUGGUCCUGUGCUUUAAUUAAACAGUUUCCCUU